AUGGGUCCCUCAUUUCCGCUCUCGUCGCCCUCGUUUCCCUCCCCAUCGCCCACAUUUCGCUACCUGUCGCUCACAAUUCCCUCCAUCCUCCCUUCCUCUCAUCCGCCCUUCCUCUCGUCCGCCCUUCUCUCACAUCCUCUCUCCCUCUUAUCCGCCCCUCCUAUCGUCCUCAUUUCCACUCGUCCUCCCUACCCUUCUUUCGCCACGCGCCCUCAUCCGCCCUCCACCUCAUCCGCCCUCCCCCUCGUCCGCCCUCCCUCUCAUCCACCCUUCUUCUCGUCCUCCCUCCCCCUCAUCCAGCCUCCCCCUCAUCCGCCCUUCAUCUCAUCCUCCCUUCUCUCAUCCAACCUUCCUCGCAUCCCCCGUUCCUCUCAUCCUCCUUUCCUCUCAUACAACCUCCCUCUCAUCCUCCUCUCCUCUCAUCCGCUCUUCCUCUCAUCCGCCCUUCCUCUCAUCCGCCCUUCCUCUCAUCCGCCCUUCACGCUCUCAUCCUCUCUCCUUCUCAUCGUCUCUCCCUCUCAUUCGCCCUUCAUCUCGUCCUCCCCUCAACUCGUAUUCCCUCCCCUACUUCAGCCCCCCCCCCCCCCCUCAUCCGCCAUCCCUAUCAUCCACCAUUCCUCGCGUCCACCCUUCCUCGCAUCCUCCUGCCCUGCUUCCUUCCUCGCAUCCGCCCUUCCUCUCAUCCACCCUUCCUCCUUCUCUCCCAUCCUCUCUCCUUCUCAUACUCCCUUUCUCUCGUCCUCCCUUCCUCUCAUCCCCCCCUCCUCUCAUCCUCCUUUCCACUCAUCUCCCUUUCCUGUCAUCCUCCCAUCCCCACAUCCGCCCUUCCUCUCAUCCGCCCUUCCUCUCAUCCGCCCUUCUCUCCCAUCCUCUCUCCUUCUCAUACUCCCUUUCUCUCAUCCUCCCUUCCUCUCCCCUUCCAUUCCUCUCAUCCCCCCUUCCUCUCAUCCUCCUUCCCUCUCAUCCGCCCUUCCUCUCAUCCGCCCUUCCUCUCAUCCGUCCUUCGCGCUCUCAUCCUCUCUCCAUCUCAUCGUCUCUCCCUCUCUUCCUCCUUUCCCUCGUCCACCCUUCUUCUCGUCCUCCCUCCCCCUCAUCCGUCCUCCCCCUCAUCCGCCCUUCAUCUCAUCCUCCCUUCCCCUCAUCCGUACUUGCCCGUACUUGCCGUGA